CACUAACCCCUAUCAAAAACCCUCUUGUUUGUUUCCUCAUCUCUCUCUAGCCUCUCUGCAUUCCUGAACCUUCUCUAUCCUCAACCAAUGUGGGUCUACCGCCAACUCCUCGCCAGAACCCUCCACCGCCGGUACUUCAGCCCCUCAUCGGCGGCGGCGCUGAUUCAAGAACCCGAACUCUCACUCACAUACCUCGAAGGCUUGCCCAAACCAGACCCCAAAUAUGCCGAGAUCAUACGCGCCGUCCCACGCGCCACAACCGGAAAAAACAUCUCCGCCAAGGAACGAAAGGUGGGUCGCGUCCCGAGCAUUGUGUUCGAGCAAGAGGAUGGUCAGCACGGUGGCAACAAGCGUCUCAUCUCUGUCCAUACCAAUCAGAACGUAAACCAUCUAGGAAGAUCGUUCUUUCUCUCUAGACUCUUCGAUCUUGAGGUUCGGUCUGAUUUCGAGUCCGAUGAGAUCAUUGAAAAAGUUCGGGUGUUGCCUCGAAAGAUUCAUCUGCAUGCGGGUACAGAUGCAGUACUCAAUGUGACCUUCAUAAGGGCCCCAUCUCAUGCUUUGUUGAAGGUGGAUGUUCCUCUUGUAUUUAUAGGAGAUGAUGUUUCACCUGGACUAAAAAAAGGUGCUUAUUUGAACAUUAUCAAGAGAACCGUUAAGUUCCUUUGCCCUGCUGAUGUCAUCCCUCCCCAUAUAGAGGUGGAUCUGAGCGAGUUGGACGUGGGCCAGAAGCUGGUGAUGGGGGACCUCAAUGUUCAUCCGGCUUUAAAGCUUAUUCAGUCGAAGGAUCAACCUGUUUGCAAGAUUAUGGGAUCGAGGGUUUCUGAUCAACAAAAGAAAUCUAAAUAAGCACUUUUGAGUUCAAAGCUUUGAUAGAAGCCUUGAUAAUACAAAAGCCUUGAUAAUACAAAAUCUGCAUCUUUGGCCAGGAGGUGUAUCAUUUGAGCUAACAUAUAUUAGUCCUGGUUCAUGAUUUUGUUGAUUUAUUUCUCCUCACCUCUUCGAGGAUAGGAUUAUCGAAUGACAAAUGUUGUGCUUAAUUUUUAUUACACUUUUUCUUUCUAUCAUGGAUGAAUUCGGGGAGCAUCGUGUAGCAUUUGAGGAUAGAGCUGUAAACAAGUUAGUUGAGUCAAGUAAUAAGUUGUUCAAAUUUAGUAUGA